AAUAUGUUGAACAUGAACUGUUCCCUAGACUUUCAACUAAGCAGAGGAGUAUAACAACCAACGAAACGUCCAAACUUUUCAAAACCUGUGAACUGUCAAUAAAUUUAUACGAUUUUUUUUAUCAUUGUGUGAUAAGAUAGACCAUCAACAAACGGCCUUUUUCCAAUGAUUACCUUUCCCCAGGUGUAUGAGUAAAAAGCAAAUCUAGGAUUUCUCUGGCAGCAAACAAUUUGCGGCCGAUUUAAAACAGACUUGUUCGAACUGUCUGAUAGUGCUAACGUGUUUGACAAGAAUUGUGAGCUUUCAAUUCAAUGUGAUUGGUUAUAAAUACUACGAAUAAAAUCUGGGUGAUCAAAAUCAAUUAUUUAAUCUAAUCUUUUCCAACACUUUUUACCAAGUGACAAGAAAUAUUCACAUUUAUUUACAGUUUUGUUUCCAUUGUUCGGGGAUCAAAAAAAUGAAAUGUGCUUUGUGAUGAUUGUUUCUCCAUAUUAACCUUCAAACCGUAAAAUUUCAAAUGAAGUAUUCAAAAUUAUUUUCGCUUCGAGUGUUUUAUUUGACAUUGAUAAUAAGCACAAUAGUGCUGUACACAGUGUCGGUGACUGUUUUUGAUGCGAAGACUGUUAUUAUUGCUGAUCCCGUUUCUACUUCGAAGCCUGUUGUUGAUGUUGAGCCCGUUUUUAAAGCUAAAACCGACCAGAAGAUAGAAGUGAAUGGAACAGAUUGUCUUCAAUCUACCAACAAUCCUAAUAAUGAUGGACAUGAUGGGAUUUUGGAUGAUAUUUCGAAUUCAACAGUGAAACCAGUCCAUGGAAGAUCAAUAUUCUUUCUUAUGACAAAGAAUUCCGGAAAAGAUGUAUCUCUGUUGGCAGGUCAAUCUUGUGCCAUUGAAUCGGCUGCUUUUCGUCAUCCGAAUCGAAAUGUCUUCGUCCUAUUUGCAUCGCCUGUUAAAUUUGCCACAGAGACGCAGUCAGCAACACUUGCUGUUCUACGUUCGUACACAAAUAUACAUUUUAUGAAUAUGAACCUGGACACAUUUGUUAAAGGCACACCAGCGGAGGACUUUUAUCGAAGUGGAAGGAUCUUUUCUUCUACUCAUUUGGUUGAACACAUGUCCGAUUUCUUGAGACUUUUGGUCCUGUAUAAAUAUGGUGGUAUUUAUCUUGAUACGGAUGCUAUUGUCCAAAAGAACAUGGAUGGAUUGCCCGCGAACUUCUUGGGAAAAGAAGCGUAUGCAGGAACGAAAAUCAAUGGCAUCAACGGAGCGGUGAUUGGUUUCCAAGAUCAAGAUGGUCACGAAAUACUGGAGCUAUGUCUGAACGAUUUGAUAACAAACUUCAACUCAACUGGAUGGAAUCAAAAUGGGCCUGCUCUCCUUACACGGGUGUUAGUAAAUAAAGUUUGCCACACGAGCUUAGCAGAAAUGACUCCAGAAAAGUGUCGUGGAUUGAAAGUGUUCCCACCGGAGGAAUUUUAUGCGAUAAAUUACGACGAUUGGCCAUACUUUCUCGAUGUACGUCACACUGAAUUUGUCCUUGAAGCGACUAGCAAUUCAUCGGUCGUCCACUUAUGGAAUCACUUUUGGCGAAAAAAAAUGAUCACAAAAUCCAAAUCUAAAUUAAGAACUGCAUAUGAAGCCAUCGCCGAAAAAGAUUGCCCGAAAGUAUUCAUCACAUCUGGUGAUUAUUUCUAAUAAUCAAUCAAAAUGAGCAGAAAAAAUAUCAUAUUGAUAGACGUAUCUCGCUGCUUGUUAUAUUCAGUCUGUGAUUAGAAAAUGAAAUCAAUAAAUAAAUUGCGACGAAUAAGAUCUAUCGAAUAAGUGUAGUAAAAUUAUCACAAACACCGAAUCGAAUCAUUUUCUGAAAGCAUCUAUAGAUUCUAUAGAACGUUGCUAAUGAUGCUAUAAUUAGAUUGAAUAAGAUGACAAUAAUUUGAAAAUGUAUAUAAGUACUAUGUAUGGUAUCUCUUUCAAAAAUGUUAUUUUUAGAAGAAUCAUCAAACAUUUUCAGUCCAUCUGAAAAUUAUCAGUCAUAAUAAAUAGAAUUUUACAAAA